AGAGAGAUAGAGAGAGACAGAGAGGAGAGAGACAGAUUUGUCUUUUGCAUCUGAGCAUUCAAAUCUGUUUCUUCUUUUCUUCUCUUUUUUUUUUUCUUCUUUUGGGUUCUUCCAUUCUGGUCAUUUUAUCCUGUUACAUCCGCCCUUUCUCGAUAAUAUUAAUAACCGACUCCCCAACCCUCUCUCUCUCUCUCUCUCUCUCUCUCUCUCUCUCUCUCUCUCCUUAUAAUUCUCAGAUGCAUGAUGGUGAGAUCAGAGACUGAUCUCCACUAGCACCGCCGGCAAGAGAAAUACAGUCGAUCGAAGAAGUACUAUUGGGUGUUCCGCCAUUGAUGGGCUUUUGGACGGCCGACACAGAGACGAAGCACGUUGUGGGAGUUCCUUUCAUGGCCGCCGCCGCUGAUACAAAUAACAAAGGCAGUACUGAUCAGCUUCAUCAUCAUCACCAUCACCAGAUUCCUUACGGAAUGAUGCAGCAGUCGUCAUCCUCUUCCUCCAUCGUCACCGCAGCAAACCUCAUCAGAAGCAAAGACGGUGGUGAGGCAGCGGCUUAUGACUUAGGGGAAUUAGAUCAAGCCCUUUUCCUCUACCUUGAUGGCGGGGCUCCGCCGCCGGCAGAUCCCAGCUCCGCCCAUCACCCUCUCCAUUACGAUCAGCAAAGACUGGGCGCAGAGAAUUGUGGAAUGCGACCUCCGACUUUGAACAUUUUCCCUUCUCAGCCUAUGCACGUAGACCCAUCUACCAAUAAGCAGGGGAGUGGAACUGGAGGAGUAGUUUCUCAUCAAGCUGCAGCGGCCAGCUGUGGUUCAAAGAGAUCAUCAGAUCAGCCGCCGCCCAUGGAGGCCAACCCCCGAAACAACGUCGCUUCUGCCCCUCAUCACCCCGAACCUUCUAAAGCCGUCAAAAGAGAAGGAAACCGCAGAGGCCCAACAUCCAGUUCUGAGCAAGACGCACCCAAAACCCCAGAUCCCAAGACUUUGAGAAGACUUGCUCAGAAUAGAGAGGCAGCUAGGAAAAGUAGACUACGAAAAAAGGCUUAUGUUCAGCAGCUAGAAUCCAGCAGGAUCAGGCUUACUCAACUUGAGCAGGAGCUUCAACGUGCUAGAACUCAGGGCGUGUUUUAUGGUGGAGGACCUCUUCUAGGUGGAGACCAGGGACUUCCCGUGGGCAUCAACAACUUAAGCUCAGAUGCGGUGGUGUUUGACAUGGAGUACACGAGGUGGCUGGAGGAGCACCACCGGCUGAUGUGCGAGCUGAGGGCAGCGGUUCAGGAGCACUUGCCGGAGAAUGAGCUGCGGCUGUACGUGGACAACUGCCUGGUCCACUUCGACGAGAUGAUCAACCUCAAGUCCAUGGUGGCCAAGUCCGACGUCUUCCACCUCGUCUCCGGCAUGUGGAAGACCCCCGCCGAGCGCUGCUUCUUGUGGAUCGGCGGUUUCCGGCCCUCGGAGCUCCUCAAGAUAGUAUCAACUCAAAUAGAGCCAUUAACGGAACAACAAUUGUUGGGAAUAUAUGGAUUGCAACAAUCGACGCAAGAGGCAGAGGAUGCAUUGACACAAGGGCUAGAAGCGCUGAACCACUCGCUCUCAGACACCAUAGCUUCUGACGCCUUGAGUUGCCCUCCUAACAUGGCCAACUACAUGGGCCAAAUGGCCAUGGCCAUGAACAAGCUCUCUGCCCUUGAAAGUUUUGUUCGACAGGCUGAGAAUCUGAGGCAGCAGACGCUGCACCGGCUGCACCAGCUGCUGACGACGCGGCAGGCGGCGCGGUGUUUUCUGGCGAUCGCCGAGUACUUCCACCGCCUUCGGGCUCUCAGCUCCCUCUGGCUGUCCCGUCCCCGCCAGGACUAAUGUUUAUUAAUUACUUACUUCUUAUAUAUAUAUAUAUAUAUAUAUAUAUAUAUAUAUAUUAUGUAUUGUCAAUUUUAUAUUUCAAUUUUCAAUCUUCCUUGCCCAGAUCAAUAUUGGGUCCAGCUUCAUAUAUUCAACUUCUUCCCGCUCUCUCUCUCUUUCACUUGAAAUAUGUUUACUUGUUCUCCAUAUGGGGAUGAUCGUGAUGUAUAGAUAAGAGAGAAACCUUCAGAUGAGUUAGACAAUUAAUUAAUUAAUUAACUAAGCGUAUAUCC